GUUUACAACAGGGAGCAGCUGAUCAACAUCAGAAAAGCUGAAAUAAACCCACAAAUGAAGCCAGAAAUCCCAGAGGAGUUGAAAGGAGGUGUUGUGGAUGCAGAGCUGGAGCAAAAAGGAGAGAGAGGAGGAGGAAGUUCAAACCAUCUCUACAACCUCACGUCGUAAUGGGCAUCGUGACAUUGUUGGCUAACAAGAUGGAUGAACUUCAAGCCCUGACAAGGACUCAGCAAGGCUUCCUGACUAUUCAAGCAGACAGAUUUAAAGAGCAGCAGGAACAGAAAAGGAGACAGAUUAACAGUUCUGUGAACAACGGAUGGUGUCACCCAGGGCAUGUUACUGUGAAGUGUCAUCUCUGCAGUCCAGACAUUGAACUCUUGGCACCAGACGAGGCAUCUGGACUCAGUCAUGGUGGAGAAAGAUACUUCCUGUUCUGAAUGUGUGCAACAUUGACUACAAUGAGCAACAGUGCAUUGACCAGUGACCAGCGGUCAGAGAGACAGCACAAUAGCCGGGGACCCUAUGUGUCAUUUAUCACCAACAGAACCACCAACCUUUUAAUCCGAGGGGGAAUGCUGUUCUUUGUGGGAGUCUUCCUGGCUCUUGUGUUAAACCUUCUUCAGGUGCAGAGAAAUGUGACACUUUUCCCUCCAGAUGUCAUCAGUAGUAUCUUCUCAUCAGUCUGGUGGGUGCCACCCAGCUGUGGCAUUGCCUCAGCCAUGAUUGGAGUGCUGUAUCCCUGCAUCGACAGAAGACUUGGUGAACCUCACAAGUUCAAGCGGGAGUGGUCUAGUGUGAUGCGAUGUGUGGCUGUAUUUGUUGGUAUCAACCAUGCCAGUGCUAAAGUAGACUUCGCAAACAAUGUCCAAUUGUCUCUGACCCUAGCAGCACUCUCCAUUGGUCUGUGGUGGACGUUCGACCGCUCCCGCAGUGGUUUUGGUUUGGGAAUCAGCAUUGCCUUACUGGCCACACUUACCACUCAGAUCCUGGUUUACAAUGGAGUGUUUCAGUAUACUAAUCCAGAUUUCCUCUACAUUCGCUCUUGGCUUCCCUGCAUCUUCUUUGCUGGUGUUAUUACAAUGGGAAACAUUGGUCGACAGCUUGCUUUGUAUGAAUACAAGUUCCUGCAAGAGAAGACCCAUCUGGACUGAGAUUUCUGUCUCAUCAAAAAUCUGAGAUGACAUGUAUUCAACAUAUACCAGUUAGGAAAUGUUAAACAACCCAUGAACUCUUGACUGGCUGUGUUCUGCAGAUGAAGAUAGUAUUUUUGAUUUGCUCUCUCCAGGUCUCUUUAAAACAUUUCUGCUUCCUGGGAGGAAGUGGAUCAUAACAAGACUUUAUUUUUCCUUCUCUGUGGUGCAGUCUGUGAAUCUUACCAGAAGGGGAUUAUCUGCAGAACAAUUCCUUUUUCACAUCACAAACUUUGGCUGCAUUGUGCCAAAACAAAAUGGGUCCCUUUUUCUUUAUCCUUUAUGUAUCAGUAACAACCUUUGCAGUCUGUUUAAAAUAAAUCCUCAAACACAUGAA